AUGGACCAAGAAGAGAGCAAGAGGACGAUGCAAGAGAGAAUGAUGUGCAGUGCAUCAUAUCACAAGCGGACAGCCGAGCUAGUAUUCUUCAUCAUGGAAGAUUUCAGCUUCUAUGAGGAGGGGAACUACUUCCAGGAAUUCAAGUUUUACAAAGAGGAGAGCUUCCAGGAUUUCAGUACCGAUUACAUGUUUGAAGGGAAAGCAUUCUUCUCAAGUCAGUAUUUUUAUAUCAACCCUAUUAGUUCAGAGGGUAGCUUAUCUCAAGAUGAGCUGGACACCCUAUCUGAGAUUGAUUUCGAGAGUUUUUGGGCUCAGAUGGAAGAAGCUGAUCGCAAGAGCAAAGAAGGUGACUGUGAGAAGCUGGAGUCUGACAGUGUGGAGAAGGGCGCAAAGAUGCAGGGCCGUCAGGGCGGUGGGUCGUCAGAGAAGGCAGCAUUGACGUUCGAGCAGGUGUCGCGACACUUCAGCAUGCCGAUCAAGCAGGCGGCGCGGGAGCUUAACGUGGGGCUCACGGCCCUGAAGAAGCGGUGCAGGGAGCUCGACAUCCCGCGGUGGCCGCACCGCAAGGUGAAGAGCCUGCAGACGCUCAUCAUCAAUGUCCAGGAGCUUGGGAAGAAGAGUGGGCAAGAGGAAGGUGCUCUGACCAGGAGCGUGGUCGAGAUGCUGCAGCAGACGAAGAAGCUGAUCGAGGAGAGACCUGAGGUGGUGCUGGAUAAGAAGACGAAGGAGCUCAGGCAGGCGUGCUUCAAGGAGAGAUUCAAGAGGAGGCGGCUCAUGGGUCAUGGCGCAUGGUGAUGGAUGACUCUGCUCCCUGAUGCUGAUCUCUGAACGUUAUGCAGGUGCAGAUUCGAUCACAAGAAUUUUGUCUGAUCUCAAUGUGCUAGCCGUCCCAUAGUGUAAUUAGCAGUAGUGUUUGUUAGCCAUAGUGUCUUAACCUUAAGGUGAGGCUUGUCAUUUAGCAGUAAGUUAACCAGGGCAGCAGGGCAAGAACCAUUUUGCUGUAUCUAUCUGUUCUUGCCAUCCUCCCAUUUUGAAGUUCAGAACUGUUCAGUCAUGAAUUUUGUUUGUGAACUGAAUUUCUGCUA